AUUAAAUUGCGAGGGUACUUAUAUCGUCUGUGUAUACAUGUGCCGUAAGUGUAUAUGAAGACAGGGCAUGUGUGGUACGCAAUAUCUAUACACGUUACCUAUAGCUUCAGGUUAUACAAUGUUAUUCAAUGGAUUAUAGCAAGUAAUCAAUCAUAUACGCGUACAUAUUGCAGUUGCUGGGUAUGCGAAAGUUCACUUUCGUUGCAAUACAUGCUGAGAUUUGUAUCUGGAUAAAACGAAAUAGAAUAUAGUACCACGUGCAUAAUAUCCACAUAAACCGACAUACAUAUGUGCACGACAACCUUGUACAUAUCUCUUUCGCAAUUUUAUUGUGUAUACAUCAGUAAUCUAGCAACUAUACAUCAGUAAUCUAGCAUCUCAACAAACACGAUGGCGGACAACAAUGGGCUGGGUGGACACAACAAGCGGCGCCUUGGUGGCUCUGGUAUACCCCCACCUCAGGGUAGGCACAAACGGUUUAAAGAUGAUAGCGAAAGCGGCGAUGAAGAACCCCCUCAGGUUAUCUAUAAUAUUGAUCCAAACGCGCAUCUACAUGCACAGCCACACGAGCAUAUGCCAAAUGGGGGUUACGAACAGGUACAUGCGGGUGUGCACACACAGAUAAGCUCAGGUGUACAUACACGCCUGGAGGAUAGUGAUACUGAGCAGAUGGAUCAGUCACAUCUGAGUGUAUUUGAGAGCAUGCGAGAGCCGGGCUUGGGCGUUGAGGGAGGCGGCUGUGGGGUUGAGGGGGAGAUCACUUUAAACGCACACACUCCGUCACAAGCGCCGUUCAUACCACAAGUCAUACAGUCCGCACCCCAGGCACAUCUACACGCACAGACACACGUGCAUAGCAACAUGCACACACACGCACACGCACACACGCAUUCACCUGUGCGGGAUCAUACGGAGAUAGACAACGAAGGCACCGUGCAUGAGGACACGGGUGAGAGCUCUGGGUUGUUCUUGGCUGAGACUAUGACGCCACCACCCCAAGAGGAGAAUGCGAGUGCUCUGCUGCAGGAUGGGGGUGGCACUGACGUAACCUUAAAUGACGCUGACCAACUAAACGGUGGUCCAUUGAAUGGGCCGGAUGGUGUGCUCGAUCCGAAUCAGCAUCAGCAACACCAGCACAUGCAGCAGCAACAACAAGCACAACAACAACAACACCAGCAACAACAACCACAACACCAGCAACAACAACAACAGCAACAGCAACAGCAUAUGCAGCCUACAGAGCACGGCGGGUACACGCAAAACACAGCUACAAGCGCACAUUUCACGCAGAACACAGUCACCAAUUCAGACGGCACGCCGGGGAACGGCUUGGCACUCAAUGCACCUUAUGUCGAUGUGCACGGUUCACAGCAGACGGUGGGGGAGGGAUUAGGGGGUGCGUACACGCAGCACGAUGGUAGUGUACACGCGGGCGAUAUGUCAAAGGUGGCGACGGGUGGCAAGGAGCAUGAGGAUGAAGCCGCCACACGCGCACACGCACAUACACAUACACACACACACGCACACGCACAUACACAUCCACACACACACGCACACGCACACGCACAGAUGCUGGCUCAGGUGGUGCACGCCCAGGCCCAGGUACACUCAUUGGCUUUAGCACAGGCACAGGCACAAGCAGAGGCCCAAGCACAACUACAACAGCCACCACCACAACAACAACAACAGCAGCAGUACACACCACAGUACACGCCUGAUCAAACACAGGUACCCAACCAGGCGCAGGUGCAGGCACCAGGACAACCCGAUCUCCAGACAGACACGCAACAGCCCCCCCUCGCAGUGGUGCAUACCCACCAGAACACCCAUCGUAGGGCCGGGGGGGUGAAGCACCUGAGUGCCGACAAGAGACGGUACAUCCAGCGAAAAGACACCCACCCCUCUCUGUUGUCAUGGCAAUGGACGGCCGAGCGCCGGGCGAAGCUGGCGAUGGAAGGUGUGCACUAUAAGUUGGGCUAUUUCACCACCUUUGAAGACGAAAUCAUACGCGACAACGUCACACGGUUUGCAGAAGAAAACGGAGACACGCCUGAGAGCCUUGUUUGGACAAAGGGAAGAUCUCGGAAGGAUUUUUGGCGCGAAGUCUGCAGGGGUUUGGAACGGCCCUUGAGAUUCGUCGCCAAACACACGAGAGUGUUAUUUCCCCAAACCCAUAUCAAGACGGGGUACUUCUCCAAAGAAGAAGAUGAUCAGCUCAUACAUCUCCAGAACCUCAAAUUGGAUCUCACGACCAUCGCCUGCCGAUUGGGCCGUUCCACAGAUUCGGUACGGCAUCGUACAGAGUACUUGACCGAACUAGGCCAUCGGGACUUAGUCAACACGGGUGGCGAUGCUGCUCAAGCUCCGGGCGCAGACAGCAUAGUGUCACUGGCCACCAUCACCCACCCAGGCGGUGCCGCAACCUCAACCUCAGAAACCACGCUCACUCACCCCACCCAAGACCCAACUACCCUCGUGCAAAGUACUAUGGACCAGCUCACGACCAAUGCCAAUCAGCCUAUGGCCGACAUCACAGACCCAACCACCGCCCAGGCCGCUGUGGGCCUCGAUACGGACUUUGCGGCUGCGCAGUAUACGGGCAAAGAGAUGAACAAGCAGCUCUCUGCAUAUGCCGCGUCUGUGCCAACCCCAUCGCAUGCCACCGUCAGCCAGCACGGGCAACUUCUCAACGCCCUUACCCACCCAGACGCCCCCAAGCACUCAGAGGGACCUGAGCUUCUCCACACAGCCUCCCACGCCGACGUCACAUUGGCGGACAAUGCCACAACAGCACACAGUGCACCUGCGAAUGCGCAUGCACAGUCGCUCGCGGAGGGUACGGAUGUGCUGGCUCAAAUGGCCACAACUACCAAUACCCACACCAACACCAACGCUGACCCAAACACAAGCACAAAUGCAAAUGCAGGCACCACUCCGAGUUCGGAUCCCAAUGCCAAUGCGAAUGGCCUGGCAUUGAUGAAGCCUGGAUCAACGGCGGUAGCAGUGUCCCUGCCCAAGAGGACCCCCAAACGCAUAAUCGUCGCACGCCGUUUAUGGACAGACGCCGAAGACAUAAGGUUAAUGGAAGCGGUGAUGAAAGUCACGGGGAGUGAGAAGCAGUCGGAUAUAGUGAACAGUCUGAUCUCGUGGAAGAAGGUCAAGAAUCUUAUGGAAAACCGCACCUCCAAGCAAUGCCAGAACCGAUGGCCCAUACUUGCAUUUGCGACUGCACAGAGGAAUGCGGAAGGGAGGAUCACCAAUCGCAGGACAGUAGCGGGCGGCAAUUCCACGGAAUCCCGCAUAGAGAUCUCCAAGCAGAUCUGCGCCAUACUCACGCGUGACGGCUACGUGGACGAGACAGAGGUUAACUGGUCUAAAGUUGGUAUCGAGAUGGGAAGACACGGCAAAUUCAUCCGCUCCAGAUAUCGAUUUCUGCGAGAUCUGGUACCGUCGCACGAGGACAAAGAUCUGCCAGCUAUCGUUGCACACAUCCUUUCUACAACUGUGCCGGCUAUGGAGGCCAAGAACAAAAGCGCCUCGCCUUUCCUUGUGCCAGCCGAGAUGCAAGAACAAGCGAUUUUGCCCGCCCCCGAAGCGAUGGUUGAUCCCAGCACUAUCCCCGCUCCUCCCUCUGACCAUCUGGGAGCGGGUAAUGGACAAUUAACGGCCGAUUUUAGUUCGACUGUCACCCUACCAAACAAUCAAAGUGAGUCCUCUGGUGUACUGCAAGCGCCUGGUGUGAAUGUAAGUAUGAAUGGGCCACAGUUUCAGUCCGGAGAGCAACAGCAACAGCAACAGCAACAGCAACAUCAGACACUGGAGGCACAAACUUAUACACAGCCACAAACCGAAGCGCCAAUUCAACCCCAACUACAACCACAGCAACAGCAGCAAGCGACUACGUAUGCAUCACCAUCACGAGCUAUGUUAGCACCUGACGAGAGCGUGCCAUCUGUAGAAAAUAUAAAGCCGUUGGUGGCCCAGGCACUGGCACGUGCAACUAUAGACGAGGACGAAGAGACGGAACCCGACCUUGAAUAAACGAUAUCGUAAUAC